AUGGAUAAGGAGGGUGAACGGAUAUUAAAAACACCAUCACGUAGUCGUAUGCGAAGUCGAGAAGUGGACCCUAUUCGGGCUUACACUCGCACUCGCAGUCGCAGUCGUCACCGACGGGGCUGUGUUAGUGAGCUGGACAGAGAUCGAGAACGGGUCCACAGGCUAGAACAAGAGCUACAACAAGAGCGGGAGAGUUUGAGAGAACGCGAAAGGAGCUCCCGGCAAAUAUCGACGGAAAGACCGCUGGCGGUGUCACCACAAAUAAGCGAUACGGCCUCGGCAGCGCAUCGAGCGGACGAAAGGCCCGAGAAUGGACAUCGCACUUCACUAAAUAGGUCACGUAGCCCUUCUUUUACUGCUAACGAUGUUAUUAAAAUAUUACAAUCUAUAAAACGGGGGUCUGCAUCUGAACUAUUACCGCAGGAUACUCCUAAAAUUAAUAAAAGCAUAGUUCAUAAGAAUAUCUUACCCAAUUUUGAUCCUGCCGGUCAAUAUCAAUCCCUUCAUAUAAGACAUAGGAACAUGACAGAUAGCAUUAACAAUUCAAAUUUUGCGCCUAACCCAAAGAAAAAGCCAACUCAAGGAAUUUACUGCUUUAAUUGUAAAGAACGAGGACAUCCAUACUUACAAUGUCCAAAGCCAUUACUAAAAUGUAGUAAGUGUAAUAGGAUAGGCCAAAAACCAGAAGACUGCUUCAAAAGGACUGGGGUGACUUCUAACUCCUCUGAAAAUGUUCGUAAAGCUAUGUGUAUCACAGGUUCCAGCCCCAAUGCGAAAUUCACAAAAGUAGUGCACAUUGAUGGUACCAUCUUGGAAUCGUUUGUGGAUUUUGGGAGCGAGGUAACCCCUAUUAAAAGGUCAAUAGCAGACAAAAUAAGAAGCACCCAUGACAAUGUACCAACCGUUAUGAAAGGUUUUGGUAACGAGUUGGUGCAUUCGCCUGGGAGCAUAGUGCUUAAUUUAAAGAUCGAUGAUGUUAGUGCUGAUGUCAUGUGUAGAGUGGUAGAUGAUCAAUUCUUGGACAAACCUCUGUUGAUCGUGCCUAACCCGCUAAGACCGGACUCAGUAUCAUCCUCUCCACCUCUAUCAGCACCCAGCUCGCUGGGGUUGGCUGUGAGUCAAAUGUGGGCUGGUUGUGAGUCAAAUAUCCGCAGACAUUUAUUAUAUAACUCUAUUUUGAGGCAAUGCAGAUUAUUAACGCGACCCACCAGGAAAGACUAA